UAUGGCUCACAAGUGGAGGAAAGUAAAGAACUUCGCUUUAGCUCAUGGUUCCCUAAUCAACGGAAAUAUUGAAGAUUCAGAGGACUGGAGUAAGACAUUCGAAGAGAUAGAAGAUAGAUUAGAUGAAGUUAAGAGAAUGACAAAAUUUAGGCCUGAUAAGAGACACGUUCUAGACAGAGUUUCUCCUAGUCAGAGAAAAAUGAUUGAAAAAUAUGAGAAUAUGUCUGAUGCGGAAUUAUUGGAAUUACGAAGGAAAAAUUGGAAGUGUAUGAAAUAUAGAAGAAAGUUCUAUCAGGAACCAACCAGUAAUAGAAGAAGAAGGAAGAAGGUUCAAAAAUCUGAGGAAAAAAUUGUAUCCAGUGCUCGUACAAGUCUUGGCUAUGACCUGCAAAUGACGCUAAUUACUCAACCAGAGUAUAGGGAAAAUAAUUCUGUUCAAAAGAUCUUGUGGAUCUUAAAAGCGGCUAAAGCAUUUCAAGAUCUAUUUCCGGAUGAAAAUCAAAUGGAAAUGGCUAGAAAUGCCGCUUAUGAUAGAUACGAGGAUGGAAGGAUUGUGGCUAAUCAAGGAUCUGUUCCGAAUAGGCUUUACUUUAUACUAUCAGGCAGAAUUCAUCAAAUUAAAGAUUAUGAUUUGGCAUCGGGAACAGUUUCAAAGUCUUUAGGAUAUUUGCAUAAAGGUAUGAUGACAAACGUAGAAGAAUUGAGGAAUAGAUAUGUAAGAGAUGUAACGUUAGUCGCAAAAGGUCAAUUAGAAGUAUUAAUUUUGGAUUACGAUAUGUUUGAAUACCUGCAGAGAACUUGCCAUCACGUACCAACAGAUUUUUUAUCUUCAAUUAAUCUUUUAUCCGAAUUACCAUGUGAAAAAUUAGCUAAAGAGGAAUUGGAUUGCAUUAGAUAUAACUACUUUCCUUCUGGUAAUGUUAUUGUUAAAAAUGCACUUAAAACUUCUUGGCUAUACGUCGUUAAAACUGGCUCAGUUAAGGUCGUGCGAUAUCAGCAAAUUUUUCAAGUUCCUAAUAAUAGCGUCGCCGCAGUAAAAUCAAAAAAUCUGGGUCUAGGUAGAAGUUUUAGUCAUGCCGAUAUCAUGUUAAACUGUACUUCAAGGAGACAACGAGAAAAUAAAAAGUUAAACAAUAUGGAAUUAACUCGAUUAUCUCCUGGAAUAAGUUUUAAUCCACUAGCUCAAACUAUUGGUAUAGAUGUAGGCUUGGAUAAUGGACGUAUGUCUGUCUCCCUGUCUAGACCAGCUACAAGAGCAAAGAGUAGUAGAAAUUUAGAAACUGAACUCAAUAUCGAUAAUAAAAGAGAGAAUAAUAGCAACAAACAGAAUAAGCCUUUAUCGUAUCUACCAACAAUUAAUAUUCCAAAAAAAUCAAUCACUGAAGACGAAUUAUUAACACAUUCGCUGUGGUUAACUAGAGAAAAGACUCAAUUAACUAAUUUACCGUCCGUUUUUCCCAAAGAAUCCAAAAUUGAUUAUUCUAAGAAAGAAACAUUUGUUGAAUUGGAUAGAUUGAAAGCUGGUGACGUCUUCGGCUUAGACGAUAUACUUAAUAGAUUUAUGAGACAACAAGGUGUCUAUAUAAGUAAUAUGAGAAGUGAAGAGAAGGUAAAAAGUGGCGAAUUAAUAAGUUUGAUAUCGGAGAGUGCAGAAAUUAUUAGAGUUCAUAAAAGAUUCUUCCUUCAAUACGCAAAUAAUAACGCUAUGCUGAAAGUUGAUACAUUUUGUAAAGACUAUCUAACACAAGAAGAAGCUAGUAGAAGAAUUUUUGACAAGCAAAGAUGGAUUAAUUAUAAAGAUGCUUUAAAACAAUGCAUGUUAGAAGCAAUUUUUCAAACUGUCUAA